AGUCUCCCCUCCCCCACCCCCACAUUUUUGUGCUACACCUUUGAGCUUGAGCAGUAUCACAUCCCAUUAGCUAUAAUUAUUCAUUUGAUAGCCCACAAUGCUUGGAAGUGGUCAAGAAAAUGGCUGCUGUAUCCCUGUAGAACACGCCCUACUGCUUCCAGAUGGGAAAAGAAGUAUGUGACGCUCACAGACAAUAACGGACAUCUGUAGGAUCUUGUUGAGAUAAGACUGACUGUAAAAAAACAACAACAGAAGACUGCAUUCACGGUCUGGCAUUGUGUUAGACACGUGCAUCCUUGAGUAAAGCGAGAGAAAAGAGACCACCUUCAACAACCCAGAAAAGGAAAAAUAAUGCAUAUUCGGCAUUGUUUUCUCUUCUGAUUUUUUUCUCCGGAGCAACCGAGCACUCAGUCUUUUUACUGAACAUGUAUCAGAAGGGAAAGUCAACACACCGACGAAGAUGAACCCAUAUGUCACUUCCCAUUUCAGGAGGGAUCUUUUUCCUCAUUUUCAUUUGUUGUAGUACGAUGCAGGAAUCACAUGGAUACACCUGCGUAUCUACAAUUAUAUCAGUAGCUUCUAUUAAGGUGUUUAAGUUAAGUGUUUGUUUUUGUCCAAAGGAUUUCAUGUUGCAAAGUCUUUAAACUUAUCAGGACUCUGUAGCGUGAUCCGGAAAUUACUAUACAAGGUAAAUGGUAAUUCUACAUGUUUUGAUUGUUAGAUGUGCUUGCAUAAUCCCAUGUUAUUGAUGCUUGUUUAUUUUGAAGUGUUUCCUUAUUUACUUCACUUUGCCAGAAAUUCUGAUGUUCAGGUGGCCUUCCGAGAGCUUGUUGAAAACAGGAAUCUGAGUUAAGACUGAACUUCUCAAAGCCACUGACAUUUACCCUCUCAGCCACUCAAGACUCAAAACUUUAAAACCAUCUUCUUGACUUGACCCGCAGAAAACUAAAAGACAUCUUCAGGUGACCUGUGUACUUACCUUUUUCCUUUGCAUAAAUCUUCCAACUAACAUGAUUAAUGCCGAAUUCAAGUACAAAGUAAUCGCUCUGUUAUUUUUUUUCUUUUGUAUCUGAUCAGGCUUAGGCGAUAUCUCGGCAUUGACGCUGAGCUUUAAAUGAGGUAUGUCUGGUUGGGUUUAGACAACUGUUCCAUUUGAUUUCUUGUAUAAUGUAAUAAUCUUCAGUGAAUUCACAAUGGCAGUCAGGCAGCUAUGGAGACUGUUGAAGACAAAAUGUGAAGUUGUUAAAGCUGUAAUGUGAUGGCUCAAGAAGAGAUGGCUAUCAAACUUCUUUUACUUGGGCCCUCUAUGUGACAUUGUUCUUGACUUCUAAAUGUAGCUGUCAGUCUUGACAGAACUUAAAUGAGCUGAAACGGAUUUGUUAGUUGAUUUAGUAACAUGAGUUGAGUAUUUAAUGUCUUCAAUGUACUGUUUUUUUUCUUUUGGCAAGCCAAUACCAAGGGGUUAUGAAACUGAAGAACUUUAUCGUAAGAAACGGCAUGUUUUUUUUUUCUUUUCAUCUGCAUGUUACGAUAUUAUUUUAUCAUAUCUCCCUCAGUAUUUGUCUGUUUCCAUGCACCGAUGCCCAAUAUGUUUGCCGGAUAUAUGCAUAGCCUUUGUCAAAUUGUGCCUAAGAUUGUCUUCCAUUUUAUUUCUUUAAACUGAGCAAAUCCUGCAUGCUUUUUCAUGCCUGUUGAGGUCAAUCCAGCCCUUCCGUUCCUCGCACAUCAAUUCUUACCUCCAGAUAUAUGCCGAGUUACCACUACUGUCAUUGUUUUUGAUUUUGCUUCAAUUUCUGGCCACUGUUCUUCCAUGAACACACCUGAGGAUGUACUUCAUGAAACCAGUUUUCCUGUGUGAUCUGCCAAUGAAAGGAUUGUUCUUGCAAACGACAUAGGAAGGACACCUGCAACAUGUAACUGACCAAUGAGUUUGAAGGGAGUUCUCCUAUUGCAAUGGGACACUAUGGAUUCUGAUUAUUUUUUAUUUUAGGACGCACUAAAGACUGACACCAUUGUUACUAUAUCGCACAACUUGAUUGUGUCACAUUGAAGAAAAGUGACACUUGAGAGAGCCUGAUGGGCGCAGCACGUGUGAAACGGCGCUUUAGUGCUGUGGUGGAUGGGCCAGUAGAGGAGGAGGAGGUCAUGAGGCUGGCACAGAGUGCAGCAGACACUGCUCAGGCAGGAGGUAGCCCAACUGGUUCUGGAACCCCAAGCAGCCCCUCCCUGACCCAUGCCAUCAAUGGCAUGUCCCUACCUCUUCACAGCGAUGCACAGAGGCAGAGUAGCACAGGAGAGUCAGUGGGAGGAGAAGGCGGGGAGAGAAUGGGGGCAAUGUGCUCAGACCUGAUGAGGGGAAGAGGAAGUAGUGAAGGAGGAAGAGGGGAAGGCCAGUCAACCUCAGACCGGAAUUCCCUUUCUUCCCCCUCCACUACGCAACGCUGGCGCACCAAGCGUGCAGGCCGCCGGCCCCGGAAGCGCUUUGUGGGCAAGGACGGACGCUGCAACGUUACCUUUGUCAACAUGAGCGAGAGGGGCCAGCGGUACCUCAGUGACCUCUUCACCACCUGCGUGGACAUCCGCUGGCGCUGGAUGCUGGUCAUCUUCACUCUCUCCUUUCUUCUCUCUUGGCUGCUCUUUGGAUUUGCCUUCUGGCUCAUUGCUUCUGCGCAUGGGGACCUUUCCGUUCGCCUCAUCCCCAUCACCGGCCCCUCGAGUGACAGAGAGGCGGCGGUGGAGGAGCCCUGCUUCUUCCAAGUGAACAGCUUCAUGGCGGCCUUUCUCUUCUCCUUGGAGACGCAGACAUCCAUCGGUUACGGAUUCCGAAGCGUGACCGAACAAUGUCCCCUGGCGGUGGUGGCGGUCGUUUUGCAGUGCAUUGUGGGCUGCAUUAUUGACGCCUUCAUCAUCGGGGCAGUCAUGGCAAAGAUCGCCAAGCCCAAGAAGCGCAACGAAACUCUGGUCUUCUCAGAAACAGCCGUGGUGGCUCUCAGGGAUGGAAAACUGUGCAUGAUGUGGAGAGUUGGAAACCUGCGCAAGAGUCACCUGGUAGAGGCGCAUGUCCGAGCACAACUGUUAAAGUCCAGGGUGACACCAGAAGGAGAGUUCCUUCCGCUGGACAACUUGGACAUCAAUGUUGGUUUUGACACUGGCACCGACCGGAUAUUCUUGGUCUCGCCCGUCACAAUCGUCCACGAGAUCAACGACGAGUCGCCUUUCUUCGAGAUGGACCGCAAGACCCUGAAAAGUGACACGGAACUGGAGGUGGUGGUGAUACUGGAGGGUAUGGUGGAGGCCACAGCAAUGACCACGCAAUGCCGCAGUUCCUAUCUGGCUUCGGAAAUCCAGUGGGGAUAUCGUUUUGAAGCUGUCCUCUUUGAGAAGAACAACUGCUACGAGGUGGACUACUCAUUCUUCCAUCGGACAUACGAAAUCCCAAACACGCCUUUGUGUAGCGCUAAAGAGCUUGCGGAACUGAAAUACUUAAAGAGCUCACGCUCAUCAUUCUGCUAUGAGAACGAAGUGGCUCUGCAGCUCAUUUCUUCUGGGGAAGAACCUGACCCAGAGCCCAAGUGCCCUGUUGCAUCAAACAGGAGACUGUCAGACCACCUCCACUUCAAUUGAGAAAAUGACAGGACGACAAAGCUACAAAAGAGCUUUGGAAUGAUUCUAGACUGACCUUGUUGUCUGAUUGGGCCUGGCAAUCUUUCAAAAUCAUUGAAAACUUUAGUCUGCUAAGUCCCAAACUGGCCCAUCACUACCGCAGCACAACAACAGCAUCCCAUGGUGGCUGUGACUUGCAACUGCACUUCCAGUAGACCACCUCGUUGGAGGAGUUUCAGAUGAAUUUGUAUGCAACGAAUGGUAGUGUAUCCUCCUAGGUACACUCCAGGAAUGUAUCUCAGUAUUAAGUUGAUUUUUCAUCAUUAUUUUAUAUGGUAAGUAUGGACAGUAUAUUGUAUAUUUUGGGAAUGUUGCUUGUGUUUUUUAGACAUCAAUUACAUGGAGAAACAGCGAUGAACGAGCAGCCGUUUCAAGCUUUUCCAUGUAAUUACUGUCUGCUCUAUUUUUGUUUUGGACAGUAUGCAGAAACAUAGCAUGAUUGUGACAUCUUCUUUCAUUUUUUAAUUCUUUCAGUAUAAUGAACAGUGAAUCCCUGUUUAUCGUGGGGGAUACAUUCCAGAUACACCCGCGAUAGGUGAAAAUCUGAGAUAUAAAAAAAAAAAAACGUACAUUUUUUAAAAUAGUUUUACCCCUCCCACAUGCUGUAAACAUAUUUAAAUACAUUAAAAUACACUUAAACGUAUCAAAACACACCCAAGUAUUCCUUACCUCCUUCUCACUCUUGCUGCCAAGAAAUGAGAUUAUCGUAUAACAUCACUAUGAGGAAAUGAAGGUAAGCCGAAGCGCGCUUACUUCAAGUUGUUUAUUUGUCACUUCUAGUUAAUUAACGGUAAAACUGAUUUAUAAAAGAGAAUUAGAAUGUUCAAGCAAACACUAUAAUUUUGUGUAAGAAAACCCUGCUAUCUUAUUGCUAUCAUAUAAUGUGUAUUGCCAUAGAUGGGUUAAUGGAAAUUGCCAUAGAUGUUAUGGUAAUUAUAAAUCUUUAAAUAAAUGUGACUGACUGAAUGACUGACUGACUUUAACAUACAUGGAGCAGCAACACACACAAAAAGAGAAUACAACAUUGUAAUACAUAUACAACCCCAAUUCCAAUGAAGUUGGGACGUUGUGUUAAACAUAAAUAAAAACAGAAUACAAUGAUUUGCAAAUCAUGUUCAACCUAUAUUUAAUUGAAUACACUACAAAGACAAGAUAUUUAAUGUUCAAACUGAGAAACUUUAUAAUUUUUAGCAAAUAAUCAUUAACUUAGAAUUUUAUGGCUGGAACACGUUCCAAAAAAGCUGGGACAGGGUCAUGUUUACCACUGUGUUACAUCACCUUUUCUUUUAACAACAUUCAAUACAUGUUUGGGAACUGAGGACACUAAUUGUUGAAGCUUUCCCAUUCUUGCUUGAUGUAUAACUUCAGCUGUUCAACAGUCCGGUGUCUCCAUGGUCAUAUUUUACGCUUCAUAAUGCGCCACACAUUUUCAAUGGGAGACAGGUCUGGACUGCAGGCAGGCCAGUCUAGUACCCGCACUCUUUUACUACGAAGCCACGCUGUUGUAACACGUGCAGAAUGGGGUUUGGCAUUGACUUGCUGAAAUAAGCAGGGCGUCCAUGAAAACGACGUUGCUUGGAUGGCGGCAUAUGUUUCUCCAAAACCUGUACGUACCUUUCAGCAUUAAUGGUGCCAAUGUCAGUAAAUACAUUUCGGCGCUACAUCCGUAAGUGCAACUUGAAACUCUACUAUGCAAAGCAAAAGCCAUUUAUCAACAACACCCAGAAACGCCGCCGGCUUCUCUUGGCCCGAGCUCAUCUAAGAUGGACUGAUGCAAAGUGGAAAAGUGUUCUGUGGUCCGACGAGUCCACAUAUUGUUUUUGGAAAUUGUGGACGUCGUGUCCUCCGGGCCAAAGAGGAAAAGAACCAUCCGGACUGUUAUUGACGCAAAGUUGGGAAAGAAUGGGAAAGAAUUCCACUUACAAAAAAUUGGUGUCCUCAGUUCCCAAACGUUUAUUGAAUGUUGUUAAAAGAAAAGGUGAUAUAACACAGUGGUAAACAUGAACUUGUCCGAGCUUUUUUGGAACAUGUUGCAGCCAUAAAAUUCUAAGUUAAUGAUUAUUUGCUAAAAACAAUAAAGUUUAUCAGUAUGAACAUUAAAUAUAUUCUUUGUAUUCAAUUAAAUAUAGGUUGAACAUGAUUUGCAAAUUAUUGUAUUCUGUUUUGGCGGCACGGUGGCCGACUGGUUAGAGCGUCAGCCUCACAGUUCUGAGGACCCGGGUUCAAUCCCUGUCCCCGCCUGUGUGGAGUUUGCAUGUUCUCCCCGUGCCUGCGUGGGCUUUCUCCGGGCACUCCGGUUUCCUCCCACAUCCCAAAAAACAUGCAUUAAUUGGAGACUCUAAAUUGCCUGUAGGCACGACUGUGAGUGCGAAUGGUUGUUUGUUUCUAUGUGCCCUGCGAUUGGCUGGCAACCAGUUCAGGGUGUACCCCGCCUCCUGCCUGAUGACAGCUGGGAUAGGCUCCAGCACGCCCGCGACCCUAGUGAGGAGAAGCGGCUCAGAAAAUGGAUGGAUGGAUGGAUGUAUUCUGUUUUUAUUUAUGUUUAACACAACGUCCCAACUUCAUUGGAAUUGGGGUUGUAUUCGGUAUUCUUCUUGCUCUUAAUUUUGCUGCAUAUUGGCUGGCAUAUUGUGCCGCUGUAGAAUGUGAUACUACAUCAAAAGUGCACAAAUCUAAAUUCGGACCUGUAUAUUGUAAAAACCCAUUAAAAAAAAAAAAAAAAAGAUCGCUUAAAAAUCCAUGAUAUCAUGGGGGUUCACUGUAUAUUUAUCUUUUGGUCCUUGUUGUACUAAAGCACAAUUUUUGUUUUGGAUGGAGAGGAGUAUUAACCCUGAAAGUGUCUUGGUAUGUACGGAGGCCUAAAGUAUAUUCUCCUAUUUUGGAGAAGAGGUAGUUAGUUGCACUUGUCCUGAAGAUUUGCCUUGCUUGGAGCAGGAUUGAACUGAUGUGCUAAACCAAAUACUGUAUGUAAACAAAUGUUAAUCCAUACUCCUUAUUCCUGUUGAUAUGUAACAAUUCAAUUGGGUCCCAAACUGUGACUAUUUGUACUGGGGUGGUGCCUUUGAGAAACAUUUUAAAUUGUCCCUUGAGCUGCAGCAGUCAAUUUAGAUAUGCUUAAAAUCUUUAUUUUGAAUGUCACGUCAUUUGGACAGUCUGUAUUUUUUUUGUUUUAAGUAGAGCAACUGCAUGAAGGGAAUCUGCAUUAUGAGAAUUCACAACACAAACAAGCAUUGGAGAAGCUAAGAUACUUAUUUUCUGUAACAGACUAUAGGGUACAGUAAAUGACGAAAAUGUGCAAAUGAAUGACAGUCUCCAGGUAAGUUUUAUGAUUGGUUAUAGAUGACACAGUAAGCGGCUAAGCACUGCUUUUGGUUAAAUGAAACUCAACUCAAUUCAACAUAGUUCCGAGGCAUGAAGAUGUCACAAGAUGGCGUCAAAGCAAUACUUGUAUACAGUGAUGCCUUGACAUACGAUUUUAUUUGCUGAGCAACCACGCUCGUAACUCAAACACUCGUAUCACGUAUUUCCCGAUUGAAAUGAAUUGAAAUGCCAUUUAUCCACUUGAAAAAAAAAAAGUUUUUGUAAUGUGUUUUUUAAUAAGAACAAUAACACUUUAUAAUAUAUUACUUCUUUAAAACAUAGGAAUCACAAAAUUAAAUACAAUGUACAGAAUUAAACAAGUUUGUGCUUCAUGAUGAAUUCAUGUGCCGCUCCAUCUGGUGUGUGCUGCCUUAGGCUACCACCAGGGAGCAGUAUAAUCCAGGUAUACGGUGGACGACUGGUCAGCACAUCUGGCUCACAUUUCUGAGGACGCGGGUUCAAAUCCGGCCUCCGCUGUGUGGAGUUUGCAUGUUCUCUCCGUGCCUGCGUGGGGUUUCUCUGCGUACUCCGGUUUCCUCCCACAUUCCAAAAAACAUGGAUGGUAGGUUGAUUGAAGACUUUAAAUCGUCAGUAGGUGUGAAUGGUUGUUUGUUUAUAUGUGCCCUGCGAUUGCCUGGCGACCAGUUCAGGGUGUACCACGCCUCUCGCCCAGAGAUAGCUGGGAUAGGCGCCAGCACACCUAUGACCCCAUUGAGGAUAAGUGGUUAAAAGAAUGCAUAAAAGGAUGGAUAUACAUGAAGGAGCCGAUCACAACUGUUCAGUAAGCUCCUGUAAUAAUUGUUGUUUUUCGCACAGGAUAAACAAUAUAUGCCUGUGAGUAUUGCUGUUAUCUGUCUACUUUUUUGAAAGAAUUGUUCACUAUCUCCCAAACUGCUGCUUGUUGUGAAGUGUUGAGUUCAUUGCAACUAUACAGUACUUGUAUCUAAAAUUUUUGCUCACAAGCCAAAGCAAAAAAAUUUAUUUGACAGCUCUCAUCCCGAAAAAAUUGAACGUCAGAUCACGCUCAAGGCAUCACUGUAUUAUACAGGGCUUUGGCCUGGGGACUAAAACAGCAAAUAGGUUGAGUUUUUCAGUGAAUAAUGAAAAAAAAAUCUGCAUUAAGGUGAGCUGUGAAUUUGAGGGGCAACACUGUAGUUGUACUACAAUAAGUGUACCAGUUUAUUCAAUUGUCAUGAGUGUCACUUUUUGGUGUUUUCCCUGUUCAAUGCACAACCUCUAUUCUUAUUCUUCUCACUUCAGGAAUGCAUGAGAGAUUAACAUGGUUUUACCUCUGUCCUAAUGUCACUGUCGUUAUGAAGGUUUUGUAACCUACGUGCUUGAAUGUUGUCAAUUGUGUCUUCCCAUAAACGUCCACCCUCAAGUUCUAUUUAUAGGCUGCGUGGUGGGCCAUGGGGCCUGUCUUCACUUCCAUGAAAUGUAACUUGAACUUUAGAGCACCAUCACUUUAGCACUUUUUUUUUCUCAACAUUGCAGAAAAAUACUGACGUGUUCUUUUUUUAUCAUGUCACCUUUCCAUCAUAACUUUAUGUAUUUAGACCACAGGGUGGGCAAAGUUUCUAGCUCAAGGGCCGCACUAGAUUUUUUAAAUGGAUAGAUGGACCAGGUCAGUCAUAGGUUUGGGGAAAAAAAAAAAAAACUUAAAAUAUGUCUGUAAAAUAUUUUUCGUAUUUUAAUGUUAUGGUCCAGAUUGAAGAACAAAGAGGAGCAUACUUUGCCCACCCCUGAUUUAGACCAUUUUAUUUCUAAAACUUACAUAUUUGUGAAUUGUACCAUGGUAAAAAUGUAUUUUCAUAUUACAUUUAGAGAUGGCUUCUGGCAUGCAGGGCUUCCAAAUGAAACUGACUGUGUGAGAACAAAUAAAUCAAGGUUGAAUAGC